AUGGCCUCACCCAGCCUUAUCGCCGCCAUCGUCAUCUUGGUCGGCUUCACGGCGUACGCCAAACUCUUCUGGCGCCCGGCUCUACACCCUAAAGCGCCGCCGCUCACCCACGGCGUGUACCCUAUCGUAGGCGCUACAAAGUUCUUCACCCGCCGCUGGGACUUCUUCCGCAACGCCGCACGCGCCUCCAGCACCGGCAACUUCAGCUUCUUCGUUGGCCCCAAACUAGUUGUCGGCCUGACCGCAGAAUCUUCGCGGCAGGUAUUUUUUGACAAUCGCCACUUCGGCUUUGCAGAGGGUUAUGGCGGCCUGGCCGAGGGGUUCUCGGUGCUGUUUGGCCCAUCGGCUGAAGCGAGCAAGGCCGCUAAGAAGCUGGAAGAGCAGCUCGCAGCGGCAGGGAACGACGCAAAGAAGAGGCAGGAAGCAGAAGAUAGAAUGAACUUUUCAAAAUUUUUCAACAGUCGCAUGGUGCGUGUGCUCCGGACGGACGCUAUGCAGCGCAACUUGCCCAAGCUAGUUGGCGAUGUGCGCGCGCGACUGGGAGAUCUGGCGGCUGCCAUUCCGAACAAGGGCUUCACAGACGAGGCUGUCGUGGAUCCCUUUGAGGACAUCUUCAAGAUUGCCUUUCAGCUUACUAUCCGGUCGGUUGGGUGUGGCGACAUCGCCGAGGAUACGGAGCUGAUGGGCAGGAUGAUGCACUGGUAUCAUCUGGUGGACAGUCUGACGUCGCCAACGGCGGUUAUGUAUCCUUGGAUCCCAACCUGGGGCAUGAUCAAGCGGACUAUGGCGGGGAUGAAGCUGUUUGAGAUUGUGAAGAAGAUUGGGGACGAGAGGCUGCGGACAGGGAAGCGGGGAGAGGACGCCAUGCAGAUUAUGAUGGAUCAGGGGGAUGACAUGGGGAAUAUUGUCGGGUUUGUCGUGUCAGGCCUCCUUGCCGGCACCAUCAACUCCGGUGUCAACGCCUCCUGGAUUCUCGUCUUUCUUUCUCUCAACCCGCAAUGGAUGAAUAAAGUCCGUGCCGAAGUUGAGGCGGCCAUCAGCAAGAGCGCUACUACUACAGAUCCCAAUGCUACCAUGGUUGAGAAGCUGGCUUCGCUGCCGCUCGAGUCCUGGGAGACCGAGUUUCCGACAAUCGAGGUGUGUCUCAGGGAAUGCAUCCGGCUCACGGCGACUGGAGCAACCUUCCGGCGCAAUAUCAGCGGCCAGGACAUCCAAGUCGGCGAUGAGAUCGUUCCCAAGGACGCUUAUGUAGCAUAUCACUUUAACGAUACCCACCAGGACCCCAGCAUAUACCCUAACCCGACGAAAUGGGACCCUGGCCGUUACUCCGAGGACAGGGCCGAGGACAAGAAAAAGCAGUAUGCGUAUCUUGGCUGGGGAGUCGGACGGCAUCCGUGCUUGGGUAUGCGCUUCGCAAAGCUGGAGCAGUAUCUCAUCGUUGCUUUUUUCGUCACUGUCUUCGACUACAUCGCCUGCGAUUCUAAGGGGAACCCUAUUACAACUCCGACCCCGAUCGACUUGAAUGCCUUUUCGGCUCGUCGACCGGAGCCGAGGGUGUAUUUAAAGUAUAAGUUGAAGGAGCAAAUCUGA